AUGACCUCCUCAUUGCUCCUGGCCUUCCUGUUCCUGGCUCCAGACGCAGUGGCCACUCCCAGAGCUGACAGUCAGUGUCUGGCAUGUGGGGGGCCCGCCUUGGACCUGGAGAGCCAGCGGGAGCUGCUUCUUAACCUGGCCAAGAGAAGCAUCUUGGACAAGCUGCACCUCAGCCAGCGCCCAACACUGAGCCGGCCUGUGUCCCGAGCUGCUCUGAGGACUGCGCUGCAGCGCCUCCAUGGGUCCCCACAGGGGGCUCUUCCAGAAGCAGACAGGGGACAGGAGUAUGAGAUCAUCAGCUUUGCUGAGACAGGCCUCUCCAACAUCGACCAGACUCGUCUUGAUUUCCACUUCUCCUCUGAUAGAACUGUUGGCGGCCUGGAGGUCCAGCAGGCCAGCCUCAUGUUCUUUGUGCAGCUCCCUCCCAAUACCACGUGGACUUUGAAGGUGAGGGUCCUCGUGCUCAGCCCACAUGCCACCAACCUCACCUUCGCCACUCAGCACCUGCUGGAGGUGGAUGACAGUGGUUGGCACCAGCUCCUCCUGGGCCCUGAAGCUCAGGCUGCCUGCAGCCAGGGGCACCUGAUCCUGGAGCUGGUCCCUGAAGGCCAGGUAGCCUGGAGCCCAGUCAUCCUGGGUGGGGCUGCCCAUAGGCCUUUUGUGACAGCCCGUGUAAGAGUUGGGGGCAAGCACCGCGUUCGCCGGCGAGGCAUCGACUGCCAGGGUAGGUCCAGGAUGUGCUGUCGACAAGAGUUCUUUGUGGACUUCCGUGAGAUUGGCUGGCACGACUGGAUCAUCCAGCCUGAGGGCUACGCAAUGAACUUCUGCACAGGGCAGUGCCCCCUGCACGUGGCAGGCAUGCCUGGCAUUGCCGCCUCCUUUCAUACCGCGGUGCUCAAUCUUCUCAAGGCCAACACCGCUGCGGGCACUGCCAGAGGGGGGUCAUGCUGCGUGCCCACUGCCCGGCGCCCCCUGUCUCUGCUCUACUAUGACAGGAACAGCAACAUUGUCAAGACUGACAUACCUGACAUGGUGGUAGAGGCGUGUGGGUGCAGUUAG